AUGCGAUUCCGGACACCCCUCGCUUUGAUACUACCGGUAAUGGUGAACGGUAGGCUCUUCGCCGAGUCGGAGUACCUGCAAGACUUUGAGGAUGACACGACGACAAGCGCGACCCCAGCUUCGUUGCCUACGUCGAGUCUGCCCGCUGUGACACCCACGGGCCAUUCGAAAGGCAUUGAACUUCGUCAGGCACAGGGCAUUGCUCAAGUACGUGGUACACCACCUGAUCAGCAACCGCGUGCCCCGAUCAUAGUGACUGUAACAGCAACUGCAAAGCCUGUCACUACUGUCAAGCCUAUACCACCGCCAGCUCCCGUACCUCCGGCUCCUGUACCGUCCGUCAACGUUGCUGGGACAGCGGAUGCAGAUAUCACGCGCUUGGCGGUACCUACUAGUACAUUCAGCAACGUGCCCUUCUACACCGUAGUAUGGGCUGAGACAUGGAUCGGCGGAACAUAUUCAACCUGGUGGCCACACACCAUAUCCCUCGACUUCGAGCCUGCACAAACGCAUGUUCCACUCCCAGGAGUAGGCGUGAUCGGUAUGGGCACGUUGACUGGUAGGACCGGUGUAACGCGAACCGUCGUAGUAAAUUCUGCUCCUACAUCAGGAUUAGGUUGGUCUAAGGGUCUCGCUGCAGUCGUCGGUGUUGGCAUGGCGGGAAUAGUCGUAUAA